CCUACAAUGGCAUAGCUUGUAGUAAACUAUAGUAAAGAUAGUAAACUAAUUUGAAUUAAUUAUGAUAGGAAUUGACAUGACAAUGUUUAGAGAUGGAUUAGCCAUUGUAUGUUGUUUCCUGUUUUAUGGUUUAUCUUUACCAUAAAAUUAUACAAUCAGUACUGAUAUGAAGAAGCUUACAUUACAAAUGGGUGGGGCCACCACUUAAUUGGUUUAUUAAGUAUUAUUAAUUUUAGUUGAUGAGUAGUUAUUAUUAAAAAUUCUAUAAUGACCAAAGAAAUUGCUAGGAUAUGUAUGGUAUCAGAUUUUUUUUACCCUAAUGUUGGUGGAGUGGAAGAACACAUUUUUAAUCUUUCUCAAUGUUUAAUUAGUAUGGGGUUUAAGGUGAUUGUUGUUACCCAUUCUUAUAAGGAUAGGGUUGGAAUCAGAUACAUGUCAUGUGGCCUUAAGGUCUAUUAUCUUCCCAUUAAAACAUUUUACAAUCAAUGUGUUCUUCCAACAAUGAUUGCUUCACUACCUCUCAUAAGAUAUGUACUUAUCAGAGAGAACAUCACCAUAGUUCAUGGACAUAGUGCUUUUUCAGCUUUAGCUCAUGAAGUAAUGAUAAUAGGAAAACUCAUGGGACUUAAGACCGUGUUCACAGAUCAUUCUUUAUUUGGAUUUGCUGAUACAUCUGCAAUUAUAACUAACAAGUUUCUUGAGAUCUCUCUUGCGAAUAUAGAUCAUUGUGUAUGUGUUUCACAUAUAGGAAAAGAAAAUACUGUUCUUCGAGCUAGAGUUCAUCAUUCCAGAGUGUCUGUGAUACCAAAUGCAGUUGAUACCAAAGUUUUUAAACCAGAUUUAACUCUUAGAACACAAAAUCGAAUUGUUGUAGUUACUAUUGGUAGACUUGUCUAUAGAAAAGGGAUCGAUUUGUUAGCACAAAUUAUUGCUGAUAUCUGUCCAAAGUAUCAUGAUGUGGACUUUAUGAUAGGGGGUGAAGGAGUAAAAAGAGCUCUUUUAGAAGAAGUUGUUUCUUCACGUGGGCUUCAAAAUAGGGUAACUCUACUAGGACCUCUUCCUCACUCACAAGUUUGUAAAGUUCUGAAUAAAGGUCACAUAUUCCUCAAUACUUCACUUACUGAAGCGUACUGCAUGGCUAUCGUUGAAGCAGUUGCAUGUGGACUUGAAGUGGUUUGUACCAAAGUGGGAGGUAUACCUGAAGUUCUUGAACCUCGUUUGGUACAUCUUUGUGAACCAUCUGUUGCAAAACUGAGUGAAGGUUUAGAAAAAGCUAUUGCUCUAGUCAGAGAAGGUAAAGGUGUUUCAGCUGCUGAGCGCCACAAAGCUGUAGCUAAGGCCUAUAACUGGAAAAAUGUUACCUGCCGAACUAUAAUCGUUUACACUGCAGCGCUCUCUUACCCACAAUUAAAUUUCCGUUCUCAACAGGCUAAUUACCUGAAGAGUGGUGUGUGGCCUUUCUUACUUGUGACAUCACUUAUGUACAUUUUUCUUCAUGCGCUCAAUUGGAUAAUACCAAACCUGAAAAUUGAGAGGGCCAAGGACUUCCAAAAUAAAAACAAAUGUCAGUAAAGAAGAGAAAAGUAUUUUGUAAAAUGAAUACCAAUUUUAUACUGUCUUGUUUACUAUGUUUGUUAGCUGAUUGUUAUU